AAACAAACCAUUGUGGACUAUUGAAACAGGUCAGCAGUGGAUAUAACUUUUCAAUUUAAGACAAGAGCGAGGAAUCACUAUAAAUAUGUGUGAAAGAAAACCAUCAAAGACGAUUCAAAGUGGUAUUAAACUUUUGGGAUUCACCCCUGAUCUGUCUCCAGAGACCCCCCUACUCGGAACCCUUUCAAUCCCUGCACCUCGACCCCAAGCAGCGGUCGCCGCCCUUCCCACAGCCCCCCUAGCACGACCUCACAGAAAGCCCAGUGAGGCAGGCAACGGCAGCCAGCCGACGCGCGGCAGCAUGGAGGUGGGCAUGCGCGUGGUCCGCGGCGUGGACUGGAAGUGGGCUAACCAGGAUGAUGGUGAAGGCCAUGUGGGCACGGUGGUGGAAAUUGGACGCCAGGGCAGCACCACCACGCCUGACAAAACAGUGGUGGUGCAGUGGGACAGUGGAACUCGCACAAAUUAUCGGACCGGCUACCAGGGGGCCUAUGACCUGCUUCUGUACGAUAACGCACAGAUAGGUGUCCGACAUUCAAAUAUCAUUUGUGACAGCUGUAAGAAGCACGGGAUUAUGGGAAUGCGCUGGAAGUGUAAGGUGUGCUUUGACUAUGACCUGUGCACUCAGUGUUACAUGAACAAUAAGCAUGACCUGACACAUGCCUUUGAGCGAUAUGAGACGGCACAUUCACAACCAGUAAUCCUGACGCCGAGACAGAACCUGUCCAGAAUCAUUCUGAAAGGAAUCUUCCAGGGUGUAAAGGUGGUCCGGGGACCAGACUGGGAUUGGGGUAACCAAGACGGAGGUGAAGGAAAGGUUGGGAAGGUGGUGGAUAUCCGUGGAUGGGAUCAGGAAUCUGGUCGUAGCGUGGCUAGCGUUACAUGGUCCAACGGAACCACAAACGUCUACAGAAUGGGUCACAAAGGGAAGGUGGACCUCAAAUACGUUUCUGAUGUUCAAGGAGGAUUUUACUACAAAGAGCAUCUGCCCAAAUUAGGUGAGCACGCUGAGCUGCAGCGGCAGGAGAGUGCAGACAGUCACUCAUUUCAGCAGGGUGAUAAAGUCAAAUGCCUGCUGGAGGUGGACAUCCUCAGACAAAUGCAGGAGGGACACGGAGGCUGGAACCCGAAGAUGGCAGAGUACAUCUCCAGAAUUGGCACCGUUCACAGGAUAACAGACCGAGGUGAUGUUCGAGUGCAGUAUAGUAACAACAUCCGCUGGACGUUUCAUCCUGGAGCUCUCACCAAGGUUAAUACAUUUGCUGUAGGGGAACUGGUAAAGGUUCUUGAUGACAUUGAGUGUGUGAAGCGGCUACAGGUUGGACAUGGAGAGUGGACAGACAGCAUGGCUCCAGCUUUGGGUCAGGUUGGGAAAGUGUUGAAGUUGUAUGCAGACGGAGACCUGCGUGUGGCAUUUGGAGGUCAGACUUGGACCUUUAACCCCGCGUGUCUGUCUGCUCAGCCCGGCGAGGUCGAUGCCAAUCUAAUGACUGCUGAAAACUCCAGCGAAUCAGGAAGUACGGUCAUUUCAGUGCUGGAGAAGCUUCUGUCUCAGUCCACAGAGCAGGAUCAUCCGGGUCGACUGGUCAUUGAGGCGGCACACGGGAGUGCUGUUAAAGUGCGGGAACUCGUGCAAAAAUACCCGGACAAGGUGGAUAUAAAGAAUCAGGGUAAGACCGCACUACAGGUAGCUGCCCAUCAGGGUCAUGUGGAGGUGGUGAAGGUUCUCCUGCAGGCCAACAGCAGCAUUGAAGCUAAAGAUGAGGACGGAGACGCAGCGUUACAUUACACAGCCUUUGGAAAUCAGGCUGAGAUAGCACGUUUACUUCUCAGUAAAGGAGCCAGUGUCAAUCUGCUGAAUAACUCCAUGUGUACGGCCCUUCACAUCGCUGUCAAUAAAGGUUUCACAGAUGUUGUGAGAGUGUUGAUCGAGCACUCAGCUGACGUCAACCUGCAGGAUUCAUAUGGAGAUACAGCCUUACAUGAUGCCAUAGCUAAAGACUUUAGGAGCAUCAUUGAGAUUCUGACUGUGGUGCCCAACAUUGAUUUUACCAAACAGAACAACCGAGGCUUUAACCUGCUGCAUCACGCUGCGCUAAAGGGAAACAAACUAGCGACAGAGAUGAUCUUGGCUCGAGCGAGACAGCUUGCAGAUGUGAAGAAGGAAGAUGGUUUCUCUGCGCUGCAUCUGGCUGCACUAAACAACCACCGUGAUGUUGCUGAGAUUCUCCUUAAAGAGGGUCGCUGUGACAUCAACAUUCGUAACAAUCGCAAUCAGACACCUCUGCAGUUGGCCGUGACUCAGGGUCACGUGGCUCUAGUGGCACUGCUGGUGACGGAGGGGGCGGACGUCAAUGCGGAGGAUGAGGACGGAGACACGGCCAUGCACACGGCUCUCAGCCGACAGCAGCUGACCGCCGUCAUGAGCAGCGGUGAGGGCGAGGGCUCUGUGCUGUACAGCAGGUUGUGUAGCUCAGGGCUGAUGGGAAACACAGAACUGAAUGUUGGUGCUGCCAUUGCCUGCUUCCUGGCACAAGAAGGAGCCGAUAUUAAUUAUGCCAAUCAUAAAGGUAAAAGCCCACUAGACCUGGUGACGGACACCACUAUACAACAACUCAUCCGGAGCUUCGCUGAAAAACACAGACUUCAGGCCGUCACGUCUGGCACUGGAACGAGCAGCAGUAGUCUCAGACGGGUGAACACCACACCCAACACCAUGACCAACCUGACCAUGCCCAGUGUCAUGGGACCCAGCGAGUGCCUCAUCUGCUCUGAGCUCGCUCUUCUUGUACUGUUCUCUCCAUGUCAACAUAGUGUCGCCUGUGAGGAAUGUGCUCACAGAAUGAAGAAAUGUAUUCGGUGCCAGGUGACGAUAACAAAAAAAAUCCGUCAAGAUCAAACCGAGGUGGAGUGCAGUCCCAGCUCAGAGAACUCCGAGCAUCAUAACCUGUUGGAACAGCUGCAGUCGCGCUACAGGCAGAUGGAGGAGCGAAUAACCUGCCCAAUCUGCAUCGAUAACCAAAUUAAGCUCGUGUUUCAAUGCGGCCACGCGUCCUGCAUGGACUGCAGCGCCGCCCUCAAGACCUGCCCCAUCUGCAGACAGGCCAUCCGCGAAAGGAUCCAGCUAUAUGUCUGACAUACGGCUGACACGGCUGUUUUUUCUCGUAGAAGUUCUUCAAACGGGAUGAAGGAGGUCGCCUAUCUGUGCUUUAUAGUCUGUCGAGCAUCAUCAUUUAGAGACAGUGCUGGACUGUGCCGCCCACUCGUACCGGACCGAAGGAUUUGAGCGGACCGAGAUGCCGAGCCAAAGACCACGUUUGGUUUUGCUUAAGAAUAUGUGCUUGUCUAUGUGUAUCAUGGACUGUUGUUUAACUGAAGAACGUUUGGACAUGGCUCUGGAUUUGUCCAAUGUUUCUUUGCUCAUCUGGGUAGCGUGAUCAAAUCUUUACCAGUGUUCUGAGCAGAAUUGAAAUGAUCACCGGAUAUACUCCACACUGCAAAGCUUAGAUUAUCGCAAACAAAAUACACGGCAUGUGCGCUUUAAUCGUACAGUAAGCUGUGACAUUAGCCCUACACUAAAACAAACUUAGUUGAUUAGCUUAUUCUCACGAAACCUGAACAUACAGAGCAAGUCCGGUUACAUUUCACCCUGAAAACAAAAGGAAAAAGGAAUGUACAUUUUUUGUUGCAAUGUUGCAAAUAAAAUUUAUUUGUCAACCCAAAUUCUAGUUACUAUAAGUAAGAAUAAUUGACAACGGGCCGUUGAAUUAUAAGAAAAUAUGCAGUUACACUGCGGGUGUGCAUUAUUUUUGCGGAGUGAAUUAUUCGGCUUAUAACACGGUUACCAAAAAUAUUGCUCUGGUGCCUAUUUUUAAGACAUUUUAAAGGUUAGGUGUGCGGUUAUUGAAAAAUAAUCAACACCCAUGGAACAUUGCUAAACCAAUCAGAAUAAAGCAUUCAACAGUCCCGUGGUAUAAAUCUCAUUAUGGUACACAUGUGGAAAAAGAUCCACAUCAAGUAUUUAUUAGUUGUUAUACUGCCUUUCAUUUACGCUAAUUUGAAGCGAAGUCACAUUGCAAUGAAAUCAUAACGGUCCUAAAACAUGCAAAGUAUAAUUCAAUAUUAUGAACGUAGUCUUAUAUAAAAUAUUAGUAAUAAUUCAAAAUUUUUAUUUAAAAAUAUAAUGAAAAUAAUUGUUCUCAUUUUUGUCUUUUGAUUUUAGUUUUAACUUCAGCUUCACUAAACUUGGGCUGCAUCGUUUGCAGAAUAAAAGUUUUUGUUUAUAUCAUAUGUGUGUGUAUUGUGUGUAAUAAUUCUGUAUAUAUAAAUAAACACACAUGCAUGUAUAAAUUAAAGACAAAAUGUUUAUAUAUUAAGAAUUCAUAUGUGUCGGUGUAUAUAUAAUAUAAAUGAUAUAUAAAUAUAAAAAUCUGUAUACACAUGUAAAUAUUUCUUAAAUAUAUACAUGCAUGUGUGUGUGUUUAUAUAUACAUAAUUAUUAUACACAGUACACACACACACACACACACACACACAUAUGAUGUAAACAAAAACUUGUAUUCUGCAAACAAUUAGGUGUGAUUAGUUGUUAUGCAGCCCUACUGAACAAAUGAAAGCCACAGUAAAGUACAGCAGGCAGACAUAAAAGUACAGUCAUUGAUAAUCUCCACCCUGUUUUGUGUCGUUAGGAACCUAAAAAGGUUUUGUUUGUCAGAGGGUGAUGUUGUACAGCUGACUGUACCAUACGCCUGUACCGUAUCAUUCGCCGAUCUACAACUUACAGAAGCUUUCCAGAAGCGAGAGAUAUACAUAAAGUAAUGCAUGCUGGUCAGCAUAUUAUCUAUGUCAUAUAUUAUGUCAUGGAAGCCAUUCGUAGACUUAUAAGUACAGGCGCUCUGACUGUAAUUUCUACUCGCGUGUGAUGAUGGCUGUGUGUUUGUGCGAGGGUCUGACAGAGGGCUUUCGAGACCCUCAAUAUUAAUCUAGUAGAUUCGUUCAUAUGCAAGUUGCUCACGUAACGGCAAGAGGCCUCCAAACGCGUCCCCAUUUCUUCUGUAAACUUUACACAAAUUUGUGUAAACUUUACAAUUGCAUCUAUUGGCAUUGCAUGAAAUGACAUGAUAUGAUAUACAGGAUUUGUUAACCUCAUACAGCAUCACUUGGAUGUGACCAUUUUAAGGACACUCUGAUUUAAAAAAUGAACAGCGAAUAUGAACUCUUCAAGGUUGUGAGGGAUUGAAAAACAUUGAUUUACGAUUAAAAGUAUAUGUUAUCAUCAGGAGAUAAAUUAGCAGGUGAUGACUCCCUGUUUUUAUUUUCCUGUAGUUUUUUAAAUCAGACCGCCAGAGGCCUUUGUGCUUGUAUUUCAUGAGUGUUAAUGGAAUAGUUUGCAAAAAUGAAUCUUUUGUCAUGUUUAUGUUAUUCCCUUUUUUGCGUGUGUGCCCAGACAGUAUUUUUCGAUCCUUAUGUAGUUCUUUUUAUGCUCCAUAAAGGAUCAAAGUUACUAAAAAGUUUAGUUAGUAGGUGGGUUGAUAGGUAGGUAAGAGUCGCUCAAGUUUUGGAUUUAAGAAAAAUAGAUUCACUGAUAAUGGUCUUCUCUACUAAAAACUAGGCCUUAUUCGUGUUCAAAACACUAUACAUGAGGUUCAGCAGAAGAAAUUAUCAAUCAUUUCAGUCUGAUGUGUUCCUUACGUAAAGCUAACGUAUGACAUCAUAACACAAGUCAGUUUUAAAGCAGUUGUUUGAAUGGAAACUUUCUUGAAUACUUCAUAGACGUUUAAAAAUGGUAUUACUGUAGUUAUUAUGAAUGAUGAAAUUUUUAUUUUUGAAAGAACUAUUCCAUUAAGGUUCGCUGCUUUUCACCAGUUAUUGCAAUGUAAAAAUUGCAGCGUAAAGGCAUCGUAGUGUACGUUCUCGAGUAUAUCAUCUAUCAUUGUCAAUUAAAAUAUUUGAUAUGUUCACAUAUCCAACCUGAAUUUGGCCUGUAAGUACUUUUACAUAAGUGCAUCCCCUUAGUGUAGUCUUGUCGUCCAUUAAGUGUAUUUGUUUCCGAAGGGCUUACUGUAUGCAUUUACGAAAUGUAUUAUAUUGUAAUUCAUCGUCCCAUGACGGGCUGUUUUUGCAGUUCCAACUUUUGGGAUAGCCAAUACGAAAAUGUAUAUUUGGAUGUCAGAAGUGGUAUCUUUCUGUACGCCAACCGCUGGAGCUUGUGAGAAAUGCCACGGCGGAAUUAGUGCCAAAAUUUGUUAACAUGUAUCAUGUCCGUUUGUGAUAUUUAGAUUUUAUUUAAUUGGUCAGUUCUUGUUACAGGGGUGCGUUAGUUACAUUAACUCUGAAGUCAUUUUUGUUUUAUAAUUUGUCAAGAUUUCUUGAGGUUUUUUCAGUUGAAAGGACAAUGUUGAACAGCCAAGACACUUUGCGUUUUAGACUAGAAGGACGGCGUGUUGAUGAUUCUUUAAUAAGCUUACAAUAUAAAGUACAGCAUCUGUCUGUAAGUCAUCUGUUUACAGAACUCAAUUCCACUGAAAAUGACUAUUACAACUACAAAUUGUAUUGUCAGUGUCAUUUGAUUUUUUUCUGUUUAUGUUAUUAUAUAGAAAGUAUAUUUAAGUUUGUAUUAUGAUUUAAAUCAUUUUAUAAUGUACAUUUAUGGUGCACUUUGCUUUUUGUGCAUUCAGAUAUAUUGACACUGAAUUUCUCCAAUAAAGAAGCCAAAUUAUACAGAUAACUCCUAAUUUUUUUAGAAUCCAGAGAUAUUCGUUAUGUUUCAGAAAAAUCUCAUUAUUUUUGUUUUGUUUUUGUUUGAUCUAGAAUUUACAGAGCCCCUAAGGUGACAUUGGAGUAAAAAAAUCAAAAGUUUACUUUUUACUAGAAUUUUUUAAGUUUAGUUUUGCGUGCUCACGUGACACACGAAACUAAACUUUAAUUUAAUUUUUGCUCCAUAAGAAUUCUCUUGGGAGGAUCAAAUAAUUUGGACAAAUACAAUAAUAGUGUGUGUGCUGUAUGUAAUUAAAAUGAGCAAAUUAUACACAAGUUAUCUGCAGGUAAGGACAGACACGUGGGAUUGGAGAACAGAUAUUGUAUUGUAUGCUGGGUUUUAAAUUCAUGAACGUGUAUGUCAAAAGAUUAUUUAAGCAAAAAAUGUUACAGAAUGUUGUUUGAUUUCUACAGUAUGUGAAGUUCUGAUGUUGGCCUUACUGUCCACCUCUAUAUUUAUUUUGUUGUUGUUUUAUUUUCACUUUUCUUUUUACUCUGUAAAAAUAUUUUGCAGUAAAUAUUGAACUGUUUUAUAAGCAUA